AUGGAAGCAACUAAAAAAGCGGUGAUUAUAGAGUGUUUGGGAGCUUUGGCCCAUGAGCUAAUGGAAAUAUCGCCCUCUUUUGAAUACAACGUCCAGUCCCUCAAAUUUUUGGGAAGAAAGCAGUGUACCAAGUUUGAAAUUAUGGUAGACCAAGAAUGGAAAAAGAAAUAUGAUGUACUUUCGUCGGAUGAGAUAAUGUCCAACGUAACCACUAUCAAGAAGGAACAGUUAUACAGAAAUGUCAUCCUUGUGAAAAUGUUGGAAGAGGCGAUGUUGGAUGUAUCUGAGAGCGAUCUAUCCGAAAAUGAUGAUUCAGUGGCUUCAUCAUUAGCCCCACUUAAACUCAAGUACUCGAUAUUUGACAACUCUGACAAGUAUCUUGUUGAGGUGAACAUGCCUGGAGUUCCUGCUGACAAGAUUUUGGUGGAAUUUUCUUCAGGUAAAUUAACUGUCCAGACUACACAAGUCAAAACCCCACACGAUGGGAUGAGGCCAGUUCAAGAAGGUUUCAGAUAUGGUGGAUACACACGUACAGAAAUUCAAUUACCACAUGGCACUAAACUGGUAAAAGAAGCUCCGUUGGAUAAAGGAAUUCUAUUUUUGAGCGUUUUAAAGAGAAAGAAACAAAAACAGACAGCACUUGUGUUCAUUCCAAAGGAAAAUACAGACAAUUAG